AUAAAAAAAUAAAAAUAAAGGAGGAGAGAGUCCGUUUUUAAUAGAAGAGGCGACGAAGUUGUGGUAAAAGAGAAAAAGAGACCCGUUUAUUGCGCCAAAACCAGAGAGGUGCUUCUCUCUCUCUCUCUUUCUCUCAUUCCAUUCUUGUUCCAUUUUGAUCUCACCGUCAGAUUUCCUUACAGGCUUUCGUUAGUUCCUUUCUCCGAUUUGUCAUUGUCUGUUUAGGACACGAUUUCUUUCUAGGGUAAUUCUCGUUUUUUUGUUUUGACAUUUCUUUAUCAAUCCAACAGUUGAACUUUUUGCUUGUAAUUUGACUCAAUUCUGAAACUUUCGUUAAUAAUUUGUCAAUUUACGGAUCGUGAUCAUUGGCUGUUGAUCGGAUUUUAGGAUUCUACUGAUCUAGCGAUUCCAGAAGAAAAAAAAAGUAGAGAUUUUGAUUAAUGGUGUUUAUGGAGUUUGUGUCUUAUUUCAAUGCUUUGCAUUUUUUUUAAUCUGAUCUAGUGAUGAUAUUUGGCUAUUCAAUUUGUGUGUGUUUCUGCAGACGAUUUUUGAUAUACAGGCAAUGGAUCCUCCUGUGUCGGAUCUUGAGAGUAUUGAAGAUCAGAAAGAAGGAGGACCUUCCUUUCACUGUGAUCUUUACGAUACACAAGUAGUUCACAAGAUUGCUCAGGUUUUUCUCCCUGGUUUAGCCACUGCUUGUGUCGAUAACACUACCGGAGAUAUCUUCAGGAGUCCUGGUUCUGUUGCUGCUGACAUUCGAAAAGAAAUGAUAGAGUACUUGACUCGUAGAAGCGAAACCUUUGUGGCUGAACACAUUGUUCUUCAAGGAGGUUCUGAGAUUGAAGCUUCUCAUGAUCCUUUUGACAUUAUAUCUGAUUUCAUCGAUGAUUUCGCCACUUCUAAGCGGAAUUUGUUCAGCCGGGUUUCGGGUUGGAUGCUUAGCGAAAGGAGAGAAGAUAAUAUCGAUGAUUUCGCGCAAGAGAUGGAGAUAAGCGGGUUUUGGUUGACUGAUCAUAGAGAAGGUAUCGCUCAGACUUUGCUUAAAAACGUUGAUUUUAAAAGCAGUGCACAUUGUGAGAUGAAAUUCCAAACCGAAGGAGAACUCGCCGAGCACGCCAUGAAUUGUGGGUAUAGAACAAUGAACUGUGAGAAUGAGGGUUGUACUGCGGUGUUUUGUGCGAAUCAGAUGGAGAAUCACGAUUCUGUUUGCCCGUUCAAGAUCAUUCCGUGUGAGCAGAACUGCUCAGAGAGUAUCAUGAGACGUGAUAUGGAUAGGCAUUGUAUAACCGUAUGUCCUAUGAAACUUGUCAACUGUCCAUUUCAUUCUGUUGGUUGUCUCUCUGAUGUACAUCAAUGUGAGGUCCAACAACAUCAUUUGGAUAAUGUUAGCUCUCAUUUGAUGUACAUUCUUCGGAGUAUUUACAAGGAAGCAUCUCUGGAUGAUCUCAAACCCCGAGCUGAACAGAUACAGCAGUUGUCUACUAGGUUAUCUGAAGCUCGUAAUGCAAGAUCACUAACAAAUCUGGUCAAGGAAAUUGAUGGAAAGCUGGGGCCUUUAGAAAUCAAACCAAAGAUUGUUACUGACUCGGAAUCCGAUAAACCUGAAAAUACAGAAAAGAAAGCCUUAGAAGAAGCUGAGAUUAAAGAAAAACCAGAGACGAGUAACUUAAAAGCUGUUACAUUGGAGCAAACCGCGAGAGAAGCUCCGGAAGAUAAAUUGGUUUCAAAAGAAGUAGAUGCUGCAAUGGUGAAAGAAGCUGCAAAGAAAGUUUCAGAAGCUGAGAUAGCAGACAAUGUUAAUGAAGAAGGCGAAUUAAAAGCGCAGAAGCUUUUAGAAAUAGGCGAGUUCAUCAAAGAAGGAGACAACAACUCUGCAGAUGAUUUAUCAGAGAGAACCGAAACCAAAGCUCCAGAAGUUGUGGUCAUGGAUGAGGCUAGAGAGGAGGAGGAUAGUGUAGAGACAAAAGACACAAGAACAUAUGAAACAAUCAGAGGUUUAGAGAUUGAAGCCAAUGAAAUGAUUGAUGAAGAGACAAAGAAAUCGACUGAAACCAAAACCGAAGCUCCAUCAAGAAUAGUCAUGGACAAAGAGGGGGAUGAAGAGACAAAGAAAUCAACUGAAACAGAAACCGAAGCUCCAUCGAGAAUAGUCAUGGAGACAGAGAAGGAUGAAGAGACUAUGAACUCUAGGGCUCGUGCUUCGGAUGAAGCUGAAGCACUGUCAAAGAGCUCUCAAGGUUUUUCUACGGUGCAAGCUGAAACCGUACCCCAUAUGUCUUAACAUCUUUUGUUGAGACAGUUCAAACUCUUGAAGCUAGCAUGGAGUGUAUGUUUUCUUUUCAUUUAACCAAAGAUUGUUUCUUUUGUCUGUCUGAAAAUAUUUGAGUCAUCAAAUGUAUCCAAUUUUGUAUUGCUUAAUCAAUUGAUUGGUUUUUUGCCGUAAUUCAUCAAUUCAUUAUGAUUGUCC